GUGAUGAAACAAUGGAAUACUCAUUGCCUUCGAAGUGUUUGAUAAAAUGCUCCAAUCAGAUUCUUGGCUUCACACUUCUUCUUUUCCUUCAUUGAAUUCCCCAUUAGCUAAAAUUUCGGCGCCUGCUCUUUUCAUCUCCCCAUGAAAUUUGCCAGAUCGAGAUGCAGAAGGUGGAUAUAAAUCUGGGGCCACCAUUCUUGGCAUUUCCUUUUUGGGGGAUAUUGAAGCGACAACCAACCAGCCCUUCUUUCCCUUUUAAGAAACUCUUCCGUCGCCUCUCUUCCCUAUCCGCCUGAGCUUUCAUGGAAGUCUCAGCUGAUGAUCGUCUUGAUUUUGGGAAGAUGGGUUAUGGAUGUCAGCAUUACCGUAGGAGAUGUAGGAUUCGAGCCUCUUGCUGUAAUGAGAUCUACCCCUGUCGCCAUUGUCAUAACGAGGCUUCGAGUGUGAUGAGCAGACCCUUUGAUCGUCAUGAGCUCAAUCGUUUUGACGUUAAACAAGUCGUCUGUGCGGUUUGUGACACGGAGCAGCCAGUUGCUCGAGUUUGUACGAAUUGUGGUGUGAAUAUGGGAGAGUACUUCUGUGAAAUAUGCAAAUUCUUUGAUGAUGAUAUUGAGAAGGGGCAGUUCCACUGUGAGGAUUGUGGGAUUUGUAGGGUUGGCGGUCGAGAAAACUAUUUUCAUUGCAAGAAGUGUGGAUCAUGUUACUCCGUUAAUUUGCGUGACAAUCAUUCAUGUAUUGAGAACUCUAUGCAGCACCACUGUCCAAUAUGUUAUGAGUUCCUUUUCGACACGCUGAAAGACGUGGCUGUUAUGAAAUGUGGCCACACAAUGCAUCGUGAAUGUUACUUCGAGAUGAUAAAACGUGAUAAAUACUGUUGUCCCAUUUGCUCCAAGUCAGUUACUGACAUGUCCAAAGCAUGGAAACAAUUAGACGAGGAGAUUGAAGCAACAGUCAUGCCGGAGGAAUAUCGUCACAAAAAGGUUUGGAUAUUGUGCAACGACUGCAACGACACGACCGAAGCGUACUUUCACAUAAUCGGGCAGAAAUGCUGCCACUGCCAAUCGUACAACACGCGCGCCAUUGCUCCCCCGGUUCUCCCACAGUGAUAGAUUCUUAUAUCUUCAAAAGAAGAAGGCAUGUGAAGGGGGUUUGGUUGUGGCUUCUGUAUCAGUAUUGUCUUCCUUAAUUCAACUUCAAAGAUUGCAUUUGUGAUUCUUCCUCCAUUGGUGGAGUCUUAAAGAAACCCAGGUAUGCAAGAAAGAAUGCAUGGGGAAAUGAAUUUGUAAGCAUAUUAUUAUUAUUGUUAUUAUUAUUAUAUCCAUCUAAGAUACCAACUUCAGUGAAUAUCUUCCUUUUUCCUUGUUGUUAUAAUAUGAUACAUACCGCAUUCAGACA